GCCAUGCCCUGUGUGACCAGCGAGCGCGUGGCUCUGUGCGCGGGCUGCGGCAGGAAGAUCGCGGACCGGUACUACCUGCUGGCCGUAGACAAGCAGUGGCACAUGCGUUGCCUCAAGUGUUGCGAGUGCAAGCUCAACCUGGAGUCCGAGCUUACCUGCUUCAGCAAGGACGGCAGCAUCUACUGCAAGGAGGACUACUACAGAAGAUUUUCGGUGCAGAGGUGCGCGCGCUGCCACCUGGGAAUCUCGGCCUCGGAGAUGGUGAUGCGCGCGCGGGACCUGGUCUACCACCUCAACUGCUUCACGUGCACCACGUGCAGCAAGAUGCUGACCACCGGGGACCACUUCGGCAUGAAGGACAGCCUGGUGUACUGCCGCCUGCACUUUGAGACUCUCAUUCAGGGAGAAUACCAGACUCACUUUAACCACGCGGACGUUGUGGCGCACAAAGGCCUGGGCCCGGCCAACGCGCUGGGAUUAUCCUACUUUAACGGCGUGGGCACGGUGCAGAAGGGCCGGCCCAGGAAGAGGAAGAGCCCGGGGCCUGGGGCCGAGCUAGCUGCAUACAACGCGGCGCUGAGCUGUAAUGAGAAUGACGGCGAGUCCAUAGACCGGGACUCUCAGUACAGCUCCAGUCAGAAGACCAAGCGGAUGCGAACAUCCUUCAAGCACCACCAGCUGCGGACAAUGAAGUCCUACUUCGCCAUCAACCACAACCCGGAUGCCAAGGACCUGAAGCAGCUCGCCCAGAAGACGGGCCUCACCAAGCGGGUCUUACAGGUUUGGUUCCAAAAUGCUCGGGCAAAAUUCAGGAGGAACCUGCUCCGGCAGGAGAGCACCGGGGUGGACAAGGCAUCAGAUGGCUCCACACUGCAAGGUGGGACGCCCUCAGGCCCGGCCUCUGAGAUCUCCAAUGCCUCCAUGAGCCCCUCUAGCACCCCAACCACCCUCACGGACUUAACCAACCCCACCAUGCCUACUGUCACUUCUGUACUCACAUCGGUGCCGGGUGGUAUGGAAGUCCAUGAGUGUCGCAGCCCCUCACAGACAACGCUGACCAGCCUCUUCUGAUGGUCAGAGCACUAGCCCCCCACACCAUCACCACCUCCCCCUGCACCCACCAACUUUGACUACAUUCUCCCCUCCUUCUGGAUCUAAAACUGAGCACUGUUAACACCUUAGAACUUUAAAUGAAUUAGAAACAUGAAGGAAACAAAAGGACUCCACUAGAGACUAUCUACAUAGCGAGGCGGCUUGGCCUCCCAGAUGGAAUGGUUGUUGUUAUUUUGAUGUUGUCUUGUUGAGAACUGAGGAGGACGGACUACAUUUUUUCAAUGUUCACAAAGAGAGACUGCUGAGAAAAUAAAAGGUUUUCAUUUUUUGGGGAAUUUGUUUUUUUUUUUCAAGACAGUAUUUAUGUUGUUGUAAAAGAAUCACUGUUAGAAGGACUGUAAAUUUUUUUUUGUUUUUCAUUGUUUGGAAAUCUGAGAUUAAAAGAAAGUUUCAAAUAUC